AGCGCCGCUCUGCGCCUCCCUCGAGAGCGAGGUGUUCGCCAGCGCGAGGCGCGCGUCAGGCAAAUCCGCUCUCCGCUUGGUUUUCGCUGCAGUGCGAGCGCUCGCCAGUCUUCUGGACGGCAACUUAAGACGCUUGAAAAAACAAGUGAAAUUUAAGGAAGCAGAAGUAAGACAGUGGUUGCUGGUCCACCAUGGAUGUUUCUCAGACUGCUAACACCGAGGAGCUGAGGACAUGUUUGCACAUCAGGCUGUUCAACCCUCAGCAGGUCAUCCGGUCACUGUACCACUGUCUACCGCUGGACCGACGGCACGUGCACCCGGCCGAGGAUCCCUUGCGGUUCGGCCGCGAUGCUCAGGCCUGCACCUUUGCCCUGGCCGACCCUCGCGUCUCCCGCAAGCAGCUGAGUCUGCAGGCAUUCCGCACUUCCCGCAGCUCUGAGCUGCUAUUUGUGGUGCAGAACCUCAGCCGGACAGGGCGCCUGUCUGUUAAUGGCGCUGAGCUGCUCUACCUGGAGCGAGCCGAGCUGCCAGACAAGGCGCUGCUUCGCUUCGGGCAGUAUGAGCUGGUGAUCUGGCAGCAGCCUGGAGAUGCGGGAGACAGCUUUGAAGUGGAGUUUGAGGUGGCACGGGGGUCCCCCUGCCAGGAGAUGGGACAGGGGGUGCCUUGCAGGACCCCAGUGAUGGAUAGUGGGCUCCUGGUGUCCCAGUGUCCUGUUUCCAUUGACCAUAGUCAGGGCCCCUUAGAGAUGGACGAGCGGAUUUCCUUACCCUGAAGGUCAGCUGAGGUUAAAGCAGUGCGUUUUCAGAUCGAAGGCAGUACGUCGGCAGUAACGUCACCAAGCGCUUAUUACCGAUGGCUUUCUAUCACAGCAGCAGAAUUUAUUCUCGUCAUGGAACUUAUUGGGUGAUCCAAGUAUAUUGGUGUUUUAAAGUGAAAGUCACUAAAACGUUGAGGUACAGCUGUUUCUGAUCCUGUGUAAUGCUGUUGUGUAAAAGAUGUUAGACCCUAAAGGAAUGCUCACAGACUAGAUAUUCUUAACGAUGACCUUAAACACUAUUUUAAAGACAAUAGUGCCUUGAUGCUACAGGAGAUAUGAAAAGUCAUAGUUUUAGUCUGUGUGGGUCAUUUGUACUGUACAACAGCAUUUUUUUACCUACAGAAAAUGUGAACAUUCUUUUACAUUAAUAUUGUACUUUUAUUACAGUAUUACUACUCUGCGAUAUAUGGAUAUCAAAUUUUAAAACAUUUCUUUGUGAAGGGGAAUAAUUUAGAGUAAAUGCCUAUGCCUGCCUGUAUAUAUGACUGUUUACAAGUGUAUAAAUACAUACAGUGCUUAUUUCACUAUGCAGUGGAAAUAGUCAGCAUUUAAAACAUAUAUAAAAAAAGCAAUUUUACAAUGCAAUUACAGAAUUUCCACUGUGGAAUGAUGUUACACAUGUGCCUUCCAGCAACAGUACAGUAUAUCAGCAUAGUGCUUCUGUGAUUCACAGGUACUGUAGCCUUUCCUUGUAAUAGAAAUGAGCAGUGUACUCAACCCCAACAGUUAUGGUCGAUUUAUGUUCCGGAGCCGAAAUUACUACACACAGCAGGUAAACAAGCUAGUAAAGGAUAACGCUCUGAAAUCAGAACAAUUUUAAAUUUAUUUAGGAAACAUGCCGAAAAAAA